CACACAGGAAGGCCACACCAUCCCCCACCAUCAUCAGAAUGAAAACCUUGGGGGUUGUAAUAUCAUUGUUAAAGAAGAGUAUAAAGAGGAGGAUGAGGAGUAUGGAGUGAUGGAGGAGUUUUUAGAAGGACACAAGGAUAUGAUGGAGCCACCGAAUACCAGAAACCCACCAGAGAGAUGUCCCCGUCCUCUGUAUUCCCGGGAUUCCACACAGGGAGGUCACACCAUCCCUCACCAUCAUCAGAGUGGAAACCCGAGAGAUCCUAAAGUUGAUGCUCAAGAGUUUAAAAAGAUGGAUGAACAGUAUAGGGGGGCGAUGAAGGAGUUUUUUGAAGGAGACGUGGAUCUGUAUAAGGUUUUCAUGAUGUGGCCACCUAAUACCAGGAACCCACCAGAGAGAUGUCCCCGUCCUCUGUAUUCCCGGGAUUCCGCACAGGAAGGUCACACCAUCCCCCACCAUCAUCAGAGUGGGAACCUGAGAGAUCCUAAAGUUGAUGCUCAAGAAGAGUUUAAAAGGAUGGAUGAGAAGUAUAAGGCGAUGAAGGAGUUUUUUGAAGGAAACGUGGAUCUGUAUAAGGUUUUCAUGAUGGGGCCACGUAAUACCAGAAACCCACCAGAGAGUUGUUCCCGGGAUUCUACACAGGAAGGUCACACCAUCCCCCACCAUCAUCAGAGUGGAAACCUGAGUGUCCCUACAUUUGAGUUUAACAAAGAGAUAAAAGAGGAGGGUGAUGAGGAUGGGGUGAUGGAGGAGUCAGAGUUUCCAAUUGGACACAAAGAUCUGCACCAGGACACCAUGGUGGAAUCAUCCAACUACAGAGACCCAACAGAGAGACCAAGACAUUCCACACAGGAAGAUCACAACUACGCAAGACUUUAUCAGGGUGAAGAUCUGAUGAACAUGAAAGUUGAAGGUGAAGUAGAAGAGACGUAUGUGAGGGAUGAUCAGCAAUAUACGGAGGAGGCUGGAAUGACGAGGACAUUCAUAGAGGAGGACACUCCUACAGAUAUCAGCACAGGUGACCCAUAAUAUAUUCUUCUCUUA